AUUUCUCCCCAGAUGUAGCGCCCCCGCAAACCAAAUCUGAGGAAGCAGGCCCCCUCGGAACCAAAUCGAAACCAUCCGCUCCUCGAAAAAACGGCAGCAGCAGCCCAAGCGCCGCCGCGCGGACCCAAUCGCCCCCAAUCCCCCGCGAGCCGAGAUCCGGGGGCCAGCCGCAUUGCCGCGGAUCGAGGAGGGGAUGGCGCCGCAGCUGACCGGCGCGCCGGGCUCGGCGGCCGCGGCGGGCGGCGCGGCGGCCGUCAAGCCGCAGUUCCACCACUACCACCACCACCGCCUGCCCCCGCGCCACCACCACCCGGCCCCGGCCUCGCUCCUCUCCAAGCUCGCCUUCUGGUCCGUCUGCUCCCUCUCGCUCCUCAUCGCCUUCCUCCUCCUCUCCCCCUCCUCGGCGCCCGCCCCGCGCGCCGCGCCCGAGUCCCCGCGCCGCUCGCUCCACGCCUCCCCCUCGCCCACCGCCUCCUGGGGCGGCGCCGCCUGGGAGAAGAAGGUGCGGGCGUCGGCGCGCGUCAGGCGCCCCCGGGGCUACUCCGUCCUCGUCACGGGAGCGGCCGGGUUCGUCGGCUGCCACGCGGCCGCCGCGCUGCGCCGCCGCGGGGACGGCGUGCUCGGCCUCGACAACUUCAACGACUACUACGACACGGCCCUCAAGCGCGGCCGUGCCGCGCUCCUCGCCCGCUCGGGAGUCUACGUCGUCGACGGCGACAUCGCGGACGCCGAGCUGCUGGCCAAGCUGUUCGACGUCGUCCCGUUCACGCACGUCCUCCACCUCGCCGCGCAGGCGGGCGUGCGCCACGCGCUCGUGGACCCCAUGUCCUACGUGCGCGCCAACGUCGCUGGUCUCGUCGCGCUGCUCGAGGCGGCGCGCUCGGCGAACCCUCAGCCGGCGAUCGUCUGGGCGUCGUCGUCUUCAGUGUACGGGCUCAACUCCCAUGUGCCUUUCUCCGAGCAUGACAGGACGGAUCGACCAGCCUCUCUCUAUGCAGCCACCAAAAAGGCUGGCGAGGAGAUCGCUCAUGUCUACAACCACAUCUAUGGGCUUUCACUCACCGCUCUCCGAUUCUUCACUGUCUAUGGGCCUUGGGGGCGUCCAGACAUGGCAUACUUUUUCUUCACCCGGGACAUCCUUGCUGGUCGGCCGAUCACGGUGUAUGAGAGUGCAGGUGGAGGCUCACACCAGACUACCAUUUCCAGGGAUUUCACCUACAUUGAUGAUAUUGUGAAGGGGUGUGUCGCGGCAUUGGAUACAGCUGGUCGGAGUACAGGCAGUGGUGGCAAGAAGCGAGGCCCGGCACCAUUCAGGACAUACAAUUUGGGGAACACUUCUCCUGUGCCUGUUACACAGCUAGUGGAUUUGCUGGAGAAGCUGCUCAAAGUGAAGGCUGUGAGGAAGGUUGUCAAGAUGCCAAGGAAUGGAGAUGUGCCGUAUACGCAUGCUAAUGUAAGCCUUGCACAGCGGGAGCUUGGCUACCGGCCGUCCACAGAUCUCCAAACAGGGCUCAAGAAGUUUGUGCGGUGGUAUCUUGAGUACUACCAUCCUGAAUUGGCUGAGAAGCAGAAGCAGUAUGCCGGUAGCAAGGGCAAGGGUUCACGUGGUCAUAACGGCAGCUCGAGCAGUGCAAGAUGACUGUCUAUUCAGUGUCUUUGUGGCCUCUCCUGACGGUGUGUAUCAGAAUUCUACCUCCAUUGCUUACUUCAUCAGAUUGAGAGGCUCAUUUUGCUCAGCACAUUCUGAAAGUGGAACAGAAGUUAAGGAACAAUCAUUAGGUAGUCAUAAUUCAAAAGCCUGUUGCUUCUCUUUGCUACCUUGUAGCUGGGCAUUUAAUUCCUAGGUCCAUUAGUUGGUUCUUAGGAUGACACUGUUUGGAAGGUGUUUCAUGGGUUAUGGGGGAAGGCAUUCUGUUGCAAAGACUACAAUAGAUUCUUUUAGUAACAUUUUGUACCACGGGAGAGAACUAAGUAUAUCAUGACCUGCUCUUGUUCAAUUUAAUUAGUGAUGAUCUACGAUUUUCCUA